GGUAUCUGCUCUUCCGGGACUUCGCCUUUAACCAGGCAGAGGAGGCCAAACCCCUGAUGGAGUUUUAUGAGGAGAUCAAGAAGUACGAGAAGCUGGACUCUGAGGAGGAGCGAACUGCCCGGAGCCGCCACAUCUUUGACCAUUACAUCAUGAAAGAGCUGCUGGCCUGCUCCCAUCCCUUCUCCAAGAGCGCCACGGAGCAUGUCCAGAGCCACCUGAGCAAGAAGCAGGUGCCACCAGACCUCUUCCAGCCCUACAUUGAGGAGAUCUGCCAGAACCUGCGUAGGGGCAUCUUCCAGAAAUUCAUCGAGAGUGACAAGUUCACACGGUUCUGCCAGUGGAAGAACGUGGAGCUGAACAUCCAUCUCACCAUGAACGAUUUCAGCGUUCACCGAAUCAUCGGCCGCGGCGGUUUCGGGGAAGUCUACGGCUGCCGGAAAGCAGAUACAGGCAAAAUGUACGCCAUGAAGUGUUUGGACAAGAAACGCAUCAAGAUGAAGCAGGGCGAGACCCUGGCCCUCAACGAGCGCAUCAUGCUGUCCCUCGUCAGCACCGGGGACUGCCCGUUCAUCGUGUGCAUGUCAUACGCCUUCCACACACCCGACAAGCUCAGCUUCAUCCUCGACCUCAUGAAUGGGGGAGACCUGCAUUAUCACCUGUCCCAGCACGGCGUCUUCUCGGAGGCAGAGAUGAGGUUCUACGCAGCUGAGAUCAUCCUGGGCCUGGAGCACAUGCACAGCCGCUUCGUGGUGUACCGUGACCUCAAGCCGGCAAACAUCCUCCUGGACGAGUUUGGGCACGUCCGCAUCUCAGACCUGGGCCUGGCCUGUGACUUCUCCAAGAAGAAGCCCCAUGCCAGCGUGGGCACCCAUGGGUACAUGGCUCCGGAGGUGCUGCAGAAAGGAGUGGCGUACGACAGCAGCGCCGACUGGUUCUCGCUGGGCUGCAUGCUCUUCAAGCUGCUUCGGGGGCACAGCCCCUUUCGGCAGCACAAGACGAAGGACAAGCACGAGAUCGACCGUAUGACCCUCACCAUGACCGUCGAGUUGCCGGACUCCUUCUCCCCCGAGCUGCGCUCCCUGCUCGAGGGGCUGCUGCAGCGAGAUGUCAACCGGCGGCUGGGCUGCAUGGGGCGCGGGUGA